AUGAGAAAGAAAGAAAAAGAAAAUAGUGGGCAGUAAAAUUAGUUGAAGAAGAUGAGAUGAUAAACAAAAAAUGAAGAAGAGGUCUGUGUUUUUUUCAGUCUCACUAGUCACUCUCAACCUCAAGGGUCCCUCUCUCAAUUUAGAUUUCAGAUUCAAACACAUUUAUACCAUUUUUCUACCUUUGCUUCAUAAACAGCCCAAAUAUAAAUUUCCCAAUUUGUGGGAAUUAGUAAUUGUUAACUAGCUAGCUAUGAAUCCUCCUAUUUGUGCCCCUUCAUCUUCUUCUUGCUCAUAUAUUCGUCCUCAUUCAUGCCUCACUUGUGCUUCUCGAAAUUUCAAGUUUCCUCUGCUAUUGCCACAGGCAAUAUGUACCACUCAAAAGGUGUAUCGCUGCUCUGGAGGCCAUGUGGAGGCUUCUAUUAAUGCUAAUCCGUUGAAAACUUGCAUAGUUGGCAAAAUUAGUACAGGGUGGUCUGAAGCACAGCCUUUGGUUUCCAGACGAUCGCUCAACAGGCACCUGUUACCUGUGGAAGCUUUAGUAACUUCAACGACUCAAGAUGUUUCUAAUACACCUCUUAUUGGUGAUGAUAAAAUCGGAGUUUUAUUGUUAAACCUUGGAGGUCCAGAGACUCUAGACGAUGUGCAGCCUUUUUUGUUUAACCUUUUUGCCGAUCCAGAUAUUAUACGGUUGCCAAGAUUAUUUACUUUUCUUCAGAAGCCAUUGGCUCAAUUUGUAUCUGUUUUAAGAGCACCAAAGAGCAAAGAAGGAUAUGCUUCCAUUGGUGGUGGAUCCCCUCUUAGACGCAUGACUGAUGCCCAGGCUGAAGAGUUAAGAAAAUCUCUAUCAGAAAAGAAUGUUCCAGCCAAAGUGUAUGUUGGCAUGCGUUACUGGCAUCCGUUCACAGAAGAGGCUAUUGAGCAGAUUAAACGGGAUGGAAUUACAAAGCUUGUUGUGCUUCCACUUUAUCCACAAUUUUCAAUUUCAACCAGUGGUUCAAGUCUGCGUCUCUUGGAGAGUAUAUUCAGAGAGGAUGAGUAUCUAGUCAACAUGCAGCACACGGUGAUACCCUCAUGGUACCAACGUGAAGGAUACAUAAAAGCCAUGGGGAAUUUAAUUGAAAAAGAGCUGAAGAGUUUUGAUAGCCCGGAGAAGGUCAUGAUAUUCUUUAGUGCACAUGGGGUGCCGGUUGCUUAUGUGGAAGAGGCUGGUGAUCCAUACAAGGCAGAGAUGGAAGAAUGUGUGGAUUUGAUCAUGGAAGAGCUUGAGAAAAGAAAGAUAUCUAAUGCAUACACCCUUGCUUAUCAGAGUAGAGUUGGACCUGUGGAAUGGUUAAAGCCCUAUACUGAUGAGACAAUAAUUGAACUUGGGAAAAAGGGAGUAAAAAGUUUGCUGGCUGUACCAAUUAGCUUUGUCAGUGAACAUAUUGAAACACUAGAAGAAAUCGAUGUUGAGUACAAAGAACUGGCAUUAGAAUCUGGAAUAGAAAAAUGGGGCCGAGUUCCUGCUCUUGGAUGUGAACCAACUUUCAUUUCAGACUUGGCAGAUGCUGUAAUUGAGAGUCUCCCGUAUGUUGGUGCGAUGGCUGUUUCAAACCUUGAAGCUCGACAGUCUUUGGUUCCCUUGGGCAGUGUAGAAGAGUUGUUGGCAGCGUAUGACUCGCAACGUAGGGAGUUGCCUCCGCCGAUAUUGGUGUGGGAAUGGGGAUGGACAAGAAGUGCUGAAACAUGGAACGGAAGAGCAGCUAUGAUUGCAGUGCUACUUCUGUUGUUUUUAGAAGUCACCACAGGAGAGGGAUUUUUGCACCAGUGGGGAAUACUGCCCUUGUUUAGGUGAAUGAGACCUUCCUCCCCACUCAAUGGCCAUGGAAUUUAGUUUUUGCAUGUAUAUGUAUACCAUUAGCAUCACAUAUGCUCCGCUUAUAAUCCAAGUCACGCGCACGGAAGGAAUUCUAAAAUCUAGUUUAGAAGCAACAUUUGUGGACGGAAAGAGAAAAAUAAUGUAUAGAGAUUUCCUCUUCUAUGUAUCUAAAGGAUUUAUAUUUUGGGUUCCAUGACUCAGUGAUAUAGCUGUUGUAGCUUAAACAGCAGUUAUUGAUAAAGAGACUGUCAAUUAUGCUAUGUUGACAUGAGAGAUAGAGUUUGAAAAGGGUGUGAAAAUUCUUGCUCA